AUGGCAUGGCCGCUGGCUCUGGUUAAACUGGUGACAGUUCGGCUCUACCGGCGGGCUUUGAGGUGUCCCCCCACCCCCACUCCUGACCGGGCCCCCUCCCUCUGGGUUUUGGAUACCUGGUUGGCGGCUCCUUUGUUCGUGGAGGCAAAACAGAGGGCCUCGGGCGGAUGGUUCUCAGCACCCAAGGGCGGGUGGCUCCAGCACAGCGUGCGGCACUGUGAAGCCGGACCUGGGGCCUGGCUCUGCGGACAGACCGGCCGGCGCACGGCGCCAGGCGCCCCGAGAGCGGCCGGCGCCGCCUCUUCUGCGGCGGAGGGAGCCUGUUCGCCCGAGGGCCGCGGGAGCCGCUCGGUCCAGCCACCGGAUCAACAAAAAACCACAGUGAUUGAAAACGGGGAAAUCAGGUUCAAUGGAAAAGGGAAAAAGAUUCGGAAGCCUCGGACCAUUUACUCCAGCCUGCAGCUCCAGGCUUUAAACCAUCGCUUUCAGCAGACUCAGUACCUGGCCCUUCCCGAGAGAGCUGAACUGGCAGCUUCCUUAGGACUGACACAAACACAGGUGAAGAUCUGGUUUCAGAACAAACGCUCUAAGUUUAAGAAACUGCUGAAGCAGGGCAGUAACCCGCACGAGAGCGACCCUCUCCCGGGCUCAGCAGCCCUGUCGCCGCGCUCGCCGGCGCUGCCCCCGGUGUGGGACGUUUCGGCCUCGGCCAAGGGCGUCAGUAUGCCCCCCAACAGCUACAUGCCUGGCUAUUCGCACUGGUACUCCUCACCACACCAGGACACGAUGCAGAGACCGCAGAUGAUGUGAGUUGUCCGAGGGAAAUCGAUACCCCUAGGGGGAAACGUCUGAACCAGGCAAGGAGGAUCCGGGACCUGCUUGCAGCUGCCACACCGAGCCGAGCCCACGGAGCAGGCUCAGGAGAACUCACGUCUGACCGGACCGUCUGCGCACUCGCGCGCUCUCCAGCUCCCUCCGUCUCUGUUUCUCUCUCACACGCCUCCCUUUCUUUUCCUCCCUCCU